ACCUUAUCCCACAAUGCAGCGGGAUGGUGAAGGCGCGUUAUCCGUGCAUGGCAGGGGCAAACGGACAUUAUUGAAUUAGGUAGCUAAUAAACAACCAGAAACUUGUGAGCCAGUCAGUCCGGGACAGUACCAUUGUUGUGUCUUUCAUAGCUCUAUUCUGACCGUCUAGUGCAUUCAACCAGACAUGGCGCCGUUCGGUCUUCUGUUUUCUGGUGUUAGCCUUUUGAAAAAGUCAUUCAGUCUCUUCUCCAACGCAUCCAGUCUUACAAGCCUUUUCAACAGGCGUCAGUGGUUGCCAGGGAACAGUUUAAGGUGGACAUGCAGAGGUUCCAGUCCCAGCUCACACCUGCAGAGGCUGCUGCUCUGAAACAGGAGAGGAGACUGAGGCUGGCCAAGAGGAAAGCCAACAGGAGGAAGAGGGAGUUGAACAGUCUGGGCAAACCCAAACGUACCCGGUCGUCCUUUAACAUCUUCAUGGCAGAACACUUUGAGGAGGCCAGAGGGACGACCACGCAGGACAAGAUGAAGAUGCUGCAAGAGGACUGGGCCAAACUGUCAACCUCACAGAAACAAGGACGGGAGGACCUGAUCAGACGCGAAAAAGACCCACAAGAAAAAAACAGUUACUAAAGGAGGCAAACAGAAACCCAAAGUGAAAGUGGUGAAAACUAAAUCUGCAGAAGUAAGAACAGUGAGGAGCGGGAAAAGGCCUGAGUUUGUUCUGGAGAGGAGGGUGCUGUUAUAAAGCAAGUUACCGUCCCAAUAAAAUACACUUUGUUUAUCAAGUUGUUCAUAGUCCUAUCAAUGCUCGUAGCGCCUCAAACGUGAAAGACCCUUCAUCAGUCUGUGAAAGAUCAUGAAAAACAUUCUCAACCGACAGUUCAGAAUGAGAAUUCACUUGUGAUGUCACAAAGCAGUGUUCUUUCACUAUGAAAAGAUGAAUGAUGUUGAAGUUCCUGUCGCCAGGGCCACGUUCUGUAUAUACUGUCUCUAUGCAUUACGUACUGUACAGGCUAGUCCUAUACUAGAUAUAGUCUUUGUUAAGAGACUUGCCGGCUGAGUGUGACAUACCAGUGACUUUGUUAGUCGACUAUUAGUUUUUACCCUGCGGAAAAAAUUGGCCUCAUGUUUUGUAUUAUAAUCUUUAUUAAAUAAACAUUUUACGUACAUAAAAAAAAAGGACACUUCAUAUUAUACACAAUGUUUAUACAGUGAAAAUAAUGGGAGGAAAUCGACCAGUGUCCAUAAACGCUGUAUAUGAUGAAAGUAAACUAUGUACAAUGUCUACACACUUAAUGCUCACAUCGUAUAAUAAAACUGUACAAUAUCUACA